AUGCAAGAAGAGACGCGCACAUUGCCACUCGGACUCGGGCAGCGCGAAGAGGCGCAGCCUCGAUGGAAGGAUGCUCGCAAGCAGCACCGCUCCGUCGAGCGGGAUGUUCGUAACAGGUUGCACUCUAUCCUUUCAGACAUUCGCUUCACACACCAACUCCACUCUCUUCACUUUUCCCACCUGCCCCUCAUUCCCAAUCUGCGUUGCGGCGCGUGGUACGUCUCGCCACAUCUCUCCCGCUGCGUGCCGCCGCCGCCGCCGACCUACUUUAAAUCCACCGACGGCCAUCUCAACACCUGGCAUUUCAGUCUAAAGAGGCCCAACUUGGCUUUCUUGAAGCUGACGCUCGAAAAGCGAGGCGCUGUAUGCGUCGACUCGACGAGAAGAGGCAAGAUCUUGCCUGAUGCGCUCAGCAAAACUUUGCCCAUCUGGUGCGCCGUGCUCAACGAAGCCUCUUUCAGACGUCAUGGCGUGCCGCGCAAGGAGACUCAACCUCAAACAGUCUCGCAUCACUCGGAAGAGCAGCGGGCUGCUGAAAGGCAUCCGCUCGCAUCACUGCGCACAUACCUCUCAGCCGUCUCGCCACAAGAGCAUGCGGAUAUCGAGUGUCGACUGCAUGACUGGGCCGAGAAGCUGCUGGUGAGUGACAAUGCCCUGUCCUGUCGUGCGAGCAGAGCUGAUACUUUAUGUGUGUCCAUCGCAGUCAUCUGCCAUUCACGUUGCUCGAUUAGAGGCACCUCUCGUGCCAUUCUUUAUUACGCCAUCUGCUUUGGGCGCUUCUUUGGGCGAAGCAGCUCAGGAGGGCGUAGAGACCGACGAAUCCGCAUCGCUUACCUCUGAGCUCGAAGCUUUCAGACGAGCGACCAAAGAUCACAACAUCGUGCCUGUCAUUUGUGUUUCUGCAUCUUUGCACGCAAACGCUCCUGGCCAAGAAGCACAUUUGCCGCGCACCCGCAAGAGGAAGAAGUUUGGCGUCGGCGUCCGCGUUGGCUUUGGCGUUGGCGAUGACGAUGACGAGUCGCAUUUGGUGGCAGCAGCAGCAACAGAGACGCUUAUUCCUCGUCCGGUGGUGAUACCUUCGUCGGCAUCCAGCACAGUGACGGUGUCUGCCGAAUCAGAAGCAUCGCAGACUUUCACAUACGUACAAGGAAGCGGCGACGACGAAGAAUCCUGGUCUUUGGGUCUCAACCCCUCCGUCUUUUGGAAAGACCCAGAGAGAAUCUUGGAGGAGGUGGAUGA